AUGCAUUUUCAUGUCCUUCCACGAUUAACGGUUUCACUACCGACGGCAAGGUGCGAUCCUGGGGAAUGGAAGCUUCCAGAGUCAUCACUCUGGGCUGAUCCUCGGUUUUAUGAGCCAGGUCCGGUAGAUAUCAUUAUCGGUGCGGAAUUCUACAUGGAUCUCUUGGUGAACGAGCAACGCAAGGCAACUGUAGGGGGUCCCACGCUUCAAAACACUGAACUGGGAUGGAUCGUCUCCGGAAAGGUUCCGGAUAGUACUCUCAGUGAAUCACAAUCGCUUAUCGUCGUCUGUUCCACUUCCGACCUUCAAGAUCAACUUGCCAAGUUCUGGGAGCUGGAAACAUGUCGUAGCCAGAGUACACUCUCUGUUGAGGAGUCAACCUGUGAGGAGCAUUUUGAUCGGACAACGAUCAGAGACGAGACGGGGAGAUUCAUCGUUACGCUGCCAAAGAAAAACAUGAUACUUGGCCAGCUGGGCCAUUCAGAAACCACUGCGAUUAAACGACUGAUAGGCAUGGAACGUCGUUUCUGCGGAAAUCCAGAGCUAAAGAAGAUGUAUACCGAGUUUAUCCAAGAGUAUCUUGAGCUUGGACAUAUGAAGGAAGCUGCGGAGGAAGCAAAAGACGCUGUCACAAGAUAUUACCUUCCGCAUCAUGCUGUUUUCAAACCAGAAAGCACAACCACGAAGCUACGUGUAGUCUUCGAUGCUUCUUGUCCAACUUCAACAGGAAUUUCAUUGAAUGAUGCUCUUCUGGUGGGUCCUGUCUUGCAGGAUGAUCUGACUAGUAUUACUCUUCGCUUUCGCACCCAUCGUAUUGCUGUGAAUGCUGAUAUCGCCAAGAUGUACAGAAUGAUCGGAGUUCAAAGAGAAGAUCAUCCAUUGCAGAGUAUUAAAUGGCGAAACGAUAUUUCUGAACCAAUUCGUACGUUUGAGCUGUCAACUGUUACUUACGGAACAUCAUCAGCUCCGUACUUAGCCACAAAAUGCUUGCAACGCCUUGCAGAUGAUGGGGAAUCCACACACCCAAUAGCAUCCAGAGUGAUCAGGAAAGACUUUUAUGUCGACGACAUGCUUUCCGGCGUAGAUACGUUAGCAUUAGGUCAGAAGAUGGUUCGUGAUAUCAUUGAACUUUCUGAAUCAGCAGGAUUCUUGCUUCGAAAGUGGAACUCUAACAGUAAAGAACUUCUUGAAGUCGUACCGAAAAACUUGAGAGACGAUCGCUCGGUGCUGGAGUUAAAAGGGUCCGAAACAACCGUCAAAACUUUAGGAUUAGCAUGGGAGCCCAGCUCAGAUGUCUUUCGUUUCACAUAUCCGUCAUUCAAUUGGGCAACGUCAAUCACGAAGCGCGUGGUCGUCUCGGAUGUGUCUCGUCUCUUCGACCCACUUGGUCUAGUUGGUCCUGUCAUCAUUCAAGCCAAGAUUUUUAUUCAGGAUCUGUGGAAGGAUAACAGCGACUGGGAUGAACCACUCAACCCUGAGCAUCAAGCACAAUGGCAGGAGUUUCGGAGAAAUCUUACAGGACUAGAAAACCUUACAGUUCCUCGGUGGGUGGGAACCGGUGGUAAUACCAAGACGGAGCUCCAUGGAUUCUGCGAUGCUUCAAACAAAGCAUAUGGAGCCUGCUUCUACAUUCGAACGAUCUCCGAAACGGGGGAGGUGUGUGUGAGGUUAUUGACAGCGAAGUCACGUGUUGCUCCUCUGGACAAUCCGAAAAAAGGAAACAAGCUUUCAUCUGCUGUGUUGCUGGCCCAUCUAUUCGAGAAAAUCACAAACAGUAUUGGCAUAGAAACGAAGUGCUUCUUUUGGACGGACUCCACGAUCGUAAAAUGUUGGUUGGCAUCAUCGCCAUCAAGAUGGAAGCAAUUCAUCGCAAAUAGAGUUUCGGAGAUCCAACACAUUACCAAGUGUGGUGUCUGGAAUCAUGUAGCUGGUCUAGAAAAUCCUGCGGAUAUUAUUUCUCGUGGUAUGAUUCCAGCACAAUUACAAUAUGAAUCACUAUGGUUCAACGGUCCGCACUGGUUAAGUUCAGAUGAACAUAACUGGCCUUCAGCUCCACAGAUUGACGAAGAAGACUUUGAUCCUUCAGUUCUUGAAACCAAGAGCAUAACAGCUGCUUUACCAACACUUCCUCCCAAUGAAAUCUUCAGUUUAAAAUCGUCGUAUACGGAGCUUCUACGAAUCACCGCUUGGAUUCAAAGGUUUUGCUACAACUCUAAAACGUCGAAUCGUAACAACCGUCGUAAAGGUCAACUUACCGUGCAUGAAUUAGAUGAAGCACUGGAUUCUCUAGUACGCGUCUCCCAGCUUGAAUGUUUCCAACAAGAGGUAGCCGACCUAUCAAUGGGUAAAGAAAUUCGAGAAUCAUCGAAACUGUCGCCCUUGCACCCGGAGCUUAGGAAAGGCAUAAUUUGCGUUGGCGGCCGGCUUCGUCACGCUCAAAUUGCAACUCGUCGUAAGCACCCGUACAUCCUUGAUCACCAGCAUCCGUUUACGCUCCUCAUUAUUGCACACUACCACCGGAAGCUAUUACAUGGUGGACAACAGCUGAUGAUUUCGGCCAUUCGAGAACGUUUCUGGCCUACUAGUAUCCGGAAUCUGGUACGGAAAGUCAUUCACAGAUGUAUACCUUGCUUCAGGGCGAAACCAAAAGUUCAAGAUCAGCUAAUGGCAGACCUGCCUCCCGAGAGAGUGAACCCCUGUUCUCCAUUUCAAAGGGUAGGCGUUGAUUAUUGCGGCCCAUUCCAGAUCGCCUAUCCACAACGUCGUAGUCGUCCUGUAAAAUCUUUAUAG